AUGGAAGCAGACGAGCAGCACAUUCUUAGUGAAGAUGAGAUCGAGCUUGCAGAACAAAAUAACACCUCAGGGCACUCUUCGAGGGAAGACGAAGAAAAAAAGGAAAAAUUGCAACUCACUCCUCAGCAACUUGAAGAUAUACAAACUGGGCCAGAAGGGCUUGAAUCGGCAGAAGCACAUAGACGGUUCGAGCGAGACGGGCCAAACGAACUACCUGAAAAGAGAGUCAACCCCUUCCUUAAAUUUUUGUCAUAUUACUGGGGACCGAUGCCAAUUAUGAUCUGAAUUGCCUUUAUAAUAGAGCUAAUCCGACUGUCAUACAUCGAUUUUUGUGUUCUGUUCAUUCUCCAAUUCUUCAAUGGCUUUGUUGGCUGGUACGAAGAAAAAAACGCAGGAAAUGCAAUAGAAGCUUUGAAGAAAAACUUAGCACCAAAGGCAAAAGUGAAGAGAGACGGAGAAUGAACUACCAUUUUGUCUAGAGAACUUGUACAAGGCGACAGAAUUAAUAUUAAACUGGGAGACAUUAUUCCUGCAGACUCGAUUUUAGGACCUGGGUUUGCAGAAAUUGACCAGUCUUCCUUGACAGGAGAAAGUUUGGCAGUAACAAAGUUUGAAGGAGAAAUGGUCUAUCAAGGCUCUAUUUGCAAAAAAGGAGACUUAGAAGCGAUUGUAGCUGCAACAGGCUCAAACACAUUUUUUGGAAAAACUUCUACUUUGGUCGGUCAAGCAACAGGAAACAGAGGAAACUUUCAAAAAAUAAUAUUAAAAGUGACAGGGAUCUUGAUGGUUGUCUCCUUUGUCCUGGUCACCAUUAUCUUAAUCGUUGUUAUAACCAAAGGAAAUGCCUUCCUAGAAACUCUUGCUAUAUGUGUCGUUAUCCUUGUAGCAUCAAUUCCUAUUGCAACACAAGUGGUCUGCACAGCCACAAUGGCUGUAGGUGCCCACGCAUUAGCCAAGCGCCAAGCAAUUGUAAGUAAGCUAAGCUCAAUUGAAGAACUCGCAGGAAUGCAAAUUCUGUGCAGUGAUAAAACAGGGACUCUCACCAAGAACCAGCUUACAGUGAAGCAUCCUGUCGCCUUAAAGAAAAACACAAGAGAAGACAUUUUUAUUAUUGCAGGUCUUGCAUCCAAAAAAGAAGCUGCCUCACAAGAUGCAAUUGAUAAAACCAUCUAUGAGUACGCCACCAAAACAUUGGAAAUCAAAUUUGACCAUUUCGAAGAGCUCGAAUUCGUCCCAUUUGACCCAAGUAAUAGACGAACUGAAGCAACCAUAAAGGACAAAGUAACUGGCCAAAUAUUCAAAUGCACAAAAGGAGCUCCUCAGGUGAUUCUGAGAAUGUCCAACGACCCAAGCUUGGUUGAUGAAGUUUCUAAACAAGUACAGUAUAUAGCUUCAAGAGGCUACAGGACAAUUGGAGUCGCCAGAUCUGACGAAGACGGCGGCUGGGACAUGAUUGGCCUGAUUCCUCUAUAUGAUCCUCCUAGAGAUGACACCAAAGAAACGAUCCAAAAAGCAAAACAAAUGGAUGUCAAAGUAAAAAUGAUCACAGGUGACCAGCUUGCCAUUGCCCAAGAAACAGCCCACAUCUUAGGGCUCGGUGACAAAGUGUACAAUUCUGAAGUGCUGAAUACAGAAAACACCAUAGCCCAAAAAGAAGUGGUUAAUAAAAUUGUUGAAGAGGCUGAUGGAUUUGCUGAGGUCUUCCCUGAGCACAAGUUUGGGAUUGUAAAAAUCUUGCAAGAGAUGGGAUUCAGAGUGGGGAUGACCGGAGACGGAGUUAAUGAUGCACCUGCACUCAAGCAGGCAGAUGUAGGAAUUGCUGUAGACGGAGCAACUGAUGCAGCUAGGGCUGCUGCUGAUAUUGUGUUGACCUCUGCAGGUCUUUCAGUCAUCAUCGAAGCCAUAUACAGGGCCAGGAAGAUUUAUCAGAGAAUGAAUAAUUAUUGUAUAUAUCGAGUAGCCUGCACGGUGCAGCUUCUUUUAUUUUUCUUCAUUACAAUGUGUGCUAUAAAUCCAAGCCGCGACUACGACUGCAAGCCAAAAGACCCGAAAGACACUUGGUGUGACGAUGUUCCUAACACUUUUGCCUUGCCAGUUAUAGCUAUUGUCCUUAUUACAGUACUUAAUGACGGUACAAUUAUUUCUAUUGCAUAUGAUAAAGUGACGGUAUCACAAAAGCCUGAAAAAUGGAACUUGACCCUUAUGUUCUUCAAUUCCUGCACUCUUGGAUCUAUUGCUUUGGUAUCUUCUAUUAUACUGGUGUUAUUAAUGCUGAUGCAUAUGGACCAUGAGGACCCUUCAGACUUCUUUAAAGGCUUUGAUAUCAGCACUUUUACUUAUGGAGAAAUCCUCACUGCAUUAUAUUUGAAGGUAUCCAUUAGCGACUUCUUGACACUAUUUGCAGCAAGAACAAGCCGAUUCUUUUGGACCAGGACACCAAGCAAGAUAUUGAUUUUCGCCUUUAUAUUUGCCUGCUUUGUGGCAACAAUCUUUUCUUGCUAUUGGUGGCUCAAUGUGAUUAAUGACUCGAGCAGUAUUCCGAAUAUGGAGUCUAUUUCAUGGAGACUUGCUGGAUUUAUCUGGGGCUAUGAUAUUGUGUUUUUCUUAAUCCAAGAUACAGUUAAAGUGUUAGAGCUCAAAGGAAUUGCAACUUAUUACAGUUAUGCUGGAAAAGAAUCUGGAUACACAGGGCAAAUUCUGCGAGACAGCUUCCUCAACUUUAAUUCGCCUGCAAUGCAAAGCAUCGUCAAGAAAGCCACUUCAUCAUUUUUCCAGAUGCCAAGUUAA